AUGUUUCUACGGCCUGUUCAGCGUCGGCUUCCAGCCGUAGCCCGUUGCACGGCUCGUGCUCCUCGGCGACUCUGGUCACGUCCGUUGUCCAGCGCAUCUAGAUACCCAACACUGUCACAAUUCAACCGGUCCGAGUUCACAAGCCAACCAUUUUCCGGUAGCUAUGAGCCCGGUGCUCCGACUAAUGGCCCCCUGGGCUCGACGCCGGCCUUUGGAGCCCCGCGCAUCACACCCAAGGUGCUGAAGCAGUACCUCGAUCAGUUUGUUGUGGGGCAAGACCGCGCAAAGAAGAUACUCAGUGUCGCUGUAUACAACCAUUAUCAACGAGUACAGGAGGCUGUGCGGCGUGAAGAAGAGCAGGCAGAAGCUACGGUUAAACGUCAGAGGAGAGAAGCGCUGGAGAGCCAUCCCUUAGACGAUGAUUUCCCACCUUCUCCAAAAAGUACUACAACUACUCAAUCAGCCAAGUCUCGCCAAGGCUCGAUUCCUUUGGAGCAACCGGAGCUCACCGAUUCAUCACCGCUACAACUCGAGAAAUCCAACGUUUUGCUAUUGGGUCCGUCUGGUGUAGGAAAGACAUUGAUGGCAAAGACACUUGCCAGAGUCCUUUCUGUGCCCUUCAGUAUUUCCGACUGCACCGUGUUUACACAGGCUGGAUACAUUGGAGAGGACGCAGAACAGUGUGUUCACCGACUUUUGGCAGCUGCAGACUAUAAUGUGGAACAGGCGGAGCGCGGAAUCAUCGUUCUUGAUGAGGUUGACAAGCUUGCAGCAGCCAAGGUCAGCCAUGGGAAGGAUGUCGGAGGAGAAGGAGUUCAACAGGCCCUUCUCAAGAUCAUAGAAGGCACGACCGUGCAGGUUCAAGCAAAGCCGGAGAAGAAUCCACGGGCAACCAGCCCUCCAAACAGCUUUCCAUCCAACAGCCCAUUGGGCAACGGACCAUUCCAACCAAAUAACCCGAACCCCGCCGCCAAAGGCGAGAUAUACAAUGUGCGAACAGACAACAUCCUCUUCGUCUUCUCCGGAGCCUUCGUCGGACUCCACAAAGCGAUCAUGGACCGGAUAUCCCGUGGAUCUAUAGGAUUUGGUCAACCCGUCCGCACACCCUCAAACACAAACGAUUUCCCUGGUUCCGCCAAUGUUUCUCCAAGUCAACCCCUUCCAAUCCUCCCCGGAUCCGAAGAAGAAGCUCUGUACAAGAAGCACCUGCCUUUCUUCACCUCCGCGUCGCCAGCUGGUUCUGGCGCCGAGCCAACCUACUUCAACGCCCUCGACCUCAUAACCCCCUCCGACCUCCAAAGCUACGGCUUCAUCCCAGAAUUGAUUGGCCGAAUCCCCGUCACGGCAGCCCUUUCUACCCUUUCUCAGCCUCUGCUCAUGCGCAUCUUGACAGAGCCGCGCAACUCUUUACUCGCCCAAUACACGACUCUCUUUUCCCUUUCGGGCAUCGAGCUACGCUUCACGACCCCGGCACUACAUAAAGUCGCCGGAAACGCCUUCACCAUGGGCACCGGUGCAAGAGCCCUGCGCACAGAGAUGGAAACGAUACUUAGUGAUGCCAUGUUCGAAGCGCCGGGCUCGAGUGUGAAGUUCGUUCUCGUGACCGAAGCUGUCGCAGAGCGAAAGGAGAAGCCAGUGUAUUUAGCCCGUGGCCAGGGCGGUCGGUUCCAUGCGAUGAUCUCCGCCGAGGAAAGCGUGUGGGAAGAAAAGACAAGAAAGGAGCAGGAAAAGAAGAAGAUUCAGUCUGAAGACGGAGGCUCUAGUCCCUCGAAUCUUCAAGAGUGCAAGUCUAAGGCUGUUGGUUAA